AGCGUGACGGUCAGCCACGUCAGAGCUAGGAGUCAGACAGACGCACCAUCGGUACUCACUGCACAAACUUUUAGGUCUUGAGACAAGCGGAGGACACGAGCAGUGAAACAGGGCCAGUCCUUUUGCUCACUUAUUUGAUCAGGAAAUUGAGGAAGAGAAAUGGACUUCAUCCUGCCAUCCACUCUUCCAGCUGGAGGUAUCCCAUGGCAGAAGGUUAUACCACCUCUUAUUCCUCUGCUGAAUGGGACUUACGGACAAUGUAAUUGGUCCCCGAAAUUACUGAUUCCAGAUACUGAUAAUACCAGCUCUGCAGAGGUGAACUGUGAUGACAGUGGUUUCACAGUUCAAGUUGAUGUCAAGCACUUCAACCCAGAAGAGCUGAUGGUCAAAGUGAUAGGAGACUUUGUGGAAGUGCAGGGAAAGCAUGAAGAAAAAAAGGAUGGUUCAGGGGUUACAACACGGCAGUUUAACCGCCGCUACCGAAUCCCAAAGGGAGUGGACACCAUGGCGUUGGAAUCAGCGGUCUCUCCAGGUGGCAUCCUUAUCAUAUCUGCACCGAUGCGGCGAACAGAGGACUCCAGAAUCCUGACCUAAUCCCAUUAAAACCAACCACUCAAAUCGCUGCCAUCUUCACCACAUAUGAAAACAAGUGCAUACAGAAAUAACUUCAGGCCCCUUCAGUCACAGCAACACGCAGCAUGUGCCAAAACACCCAUUUGUUCUGUUCCCUGCCCCUGUGAGGUUUGUAUAUACUGCUCUUCUAUUACUCAUCAAUCUUACAUGAUGUUUCAAGGAACCAGUCUUUGUAAAUAUUCUGCGUUCGAAAGUUCAAACUGUGUGCAAGUUUUGUAAAAUGCACUGUAUUGUGAUUGUGAUUAAUAAUGCACGCAAACAUAUCGCCAAACUCUUUAAUGUGGAAAUACUUCUUGAAAAAUAAAAUUUAUUUCUUUAUAAAAUAAAAAAAGACUACAUCAAG